AAAUGAAAUCAGAAGCCAUGAAAAAAAAACAAACGAAUGGAAUCAAAAAGGAAAAGGAUGAAAUGAACGAAAUAAAAGAAAGAAGCAAAACGAAUGACACAAUAGAUAAAAAGUAAAUCAUAUACUCGAGCCUGUUCGAUUCGUUUCGUUUAAAUAAUUAACCAGUUACGUAACUAUAUAUUUUUCCUAUUUCCCUUCCAUCACUAACACCGACUAUUCAGUGAACCGAUAAAAUAGGAUUUAAAAUCUAUUGAAUGAUUAACCAACAGAAACCAGUUAACAUGUGAAAAUUAUGUAACUCCGGCGAUGUACAAUCGUGAUCAUCUGCAGUAAGCAUGAAGUUAAAUCGUCAACGCAUCAUAGUUAUGGAUUUAAUGCUAAUCAGGGUGCGGUGCUAAGUAAUAGAAAAGUGGAACACUUUAGUAGAAGCGGUGGCUGCGAGAGGAAAUGCAUUUUUGGAUUGAUAAACGAUCGCAAGCGUGUGGUUUCGGUAGAGCCCGUGUGGCAGCAUCUUUGUCGGGUGGUGGUGGUCUAGGCUUCGGCCAUCCGCGACGCGUGCCUCGGAAAUCAAUGGUCACUCCAAUACAUCGGUUUCAAACGGUCGACUGUAGUCGCCCUCACGCUCAUCGUCAGCAGCAGUCACAACAGCAACCGCAUCCACAAUCGCAAUCGAAUCCGUCUGUCCCAGGAACGCAUUAUUCGUCCACACAAAGUCAGCAAUCCUCAGCGCAUCAGCAUCAGCAACCGCAUCAUCCACAUCAAUCGCAUGCAGAUCCACAACAUCACCGUCAUCAUCCGCAUCAUCCGCACCACAAUCAAAGCGCUAGUCAACAGCAGCCGCACCCGAAUAAUCAACAACAGCAACAGGUGCAUCAGGUGCAGUUACACCUCAGUGGUCAAUAUAAUACCCAGAGCAGCAUUCUGCCUGCGCCAACGCCUUAUCCACAGCCGAGUCCAAACCUACAACAAAGUCCGUCACCGAACGCUCUAAACUACCACGUACCUGUGUCGAUGAACCACGUUUACAGUGCAUCAACACAAUCAUCCGGUGCAGAAACAGACGGUAUUAGCAAUGUUGGGCAACACAUACAGCCGCAAGUUGGACAUGAUGCGCAAUUGUUACCGGCGCACCUGAAAUGUGGCAUGUGGGCUUCGUUGGCUCUAGCUACGGUGUUUGUAGCUGGAGCGAAGUUUUACUUUGAUCAUCAGGGAACCGGUUUAGAGGUGUUAAUAUUUUGUGCAUUUUCGGCUACAUUUUUUUUGGCUGCUUGCACCGUAUCUCUAUGGAGACGGCCACGUGACAUCCAGAUCAACAGCAACAACAUGAUUUCGGACACAAUUUCCAACGCAGAACAAAGUUCACUACAGAACAACCCUGAUUUUCUAAGUAGCAACCCAUCACCGCUGCUGAAUGGAAGUGCCGGAAGUGGUCCAUUGGGGGGUCUUGUUCCAGGGAACAUUCAACAGGCUUCAUUGGCAAGCAUAGUGGCACCACCACCACCGUAUCAUAUAGCGAUACUUCUGCCCGAUACGUCGAAAGAAGCGGAGGAAGCGCCUCCACCGUCUUACGAUAAAAUAGUGAUUUAAUAAUAAUCAACGACUAACGAGAGGAUGGAGAUACUAGGUACUUCUGUACAAAAUAAAAUCGCACACCUUUACAAUUUCCUUAGUAGAAGUAAAUAGUCAACUAAUAUAAUAAUGUCCAGCUUACGUGAAACGUAAUUGGAAACGAAUGGGAAAGACAGGUGCAAUAGUGUACUCCAUACUCGAUAGUGUGUAGUUAUUGCUCGUUAGUUUAAGCCGAUAUUAAUUUUUUACUUCAAACGAUAAAAAGACACAUCAUCAAAGCUAUGAAUGGGUCAACUAACAUAGACAGCGAGGAUAAAAAAUGAGAAAAGAAUAAAUAAUCGAACGGGGAAUUGUCGGAAUCAUUCGGCAGAAUGUCUUGCACCUUUGUUGCAACUAAAUAAAGCCUAACAACAGUGGACGCUAUUGAGAGUAUAGGGAAAAAGCUAAAUUCACGCAUUAAGAACAUGCAAAAGAAAUAUUUUUGUCAUAAUGUGCCGUAUUUUCGCGUAUAUAAUGACCACCAGUGACCUCCCUGAUAUUGUAAUGUUUUUGGAAAAAUGUUUGUAUGUCUAAUUUUAUAUAUUGCAAAAAAUUAUAUUAUAAAAAUUCAUGAUUAGCAUUAUGAUUCCCAUUAUUGUUCCAUUUUGUCCUCCCUGCAGUAUUAUAGCCUAUUGAAACGAAGUAUUUGUCAAUGUUGUCAUCCUCGUCAUCACUAUCUGCACAAAUUGUAUUAUUCUGACUCCGGAAUCGAAAAGUUAUUAUCCGUGUAUUACGACCCCUGUAAUCUGACUUAUAUGGCCUAUAAUAUUGUAAAAGGGGGUCACACACGCUAAAAUACGGUAUGUAAAAUGGUGAUUUCUUUGCAAUUGUUGUAAAACAACGGUAGUCCUCAUGUGUCUGGUUAUUGGAAACGAGUAUGUUAUCAUUACCAUUGUACAGUAAGACGGAAUCAAAAGUAUUAUUCUUUAUUUAUAUUAAAGAUUAAUUGUGCGGUAGGUUUUAAUAAAACUCUAUCAACAAUACCCUUUCAUAUUGUUCAGUUUGAUUGAAAUGAAGAUUGUUUUCAAUGUUUUCUUAUCAUACACUUGUGACUAUAAAAUAGCAUGCAGUACAAAAUGUAGAUAAAACAUUAGUAAUUUAACAUAAAUUGUUUCUUAAAGCCUGUUCCUUUCUCGAUCGAAAAGCGGUUUCUUUCUUUUCAAGUGCAAUGUGCAAUUUUUUUCUGUAUAUUACACUGGCUAUAAACAUGAUCGGCAAGCCGGCCGAUCAUUCACGAUCGUUUGCAGCUCCUAUGAAAAAUUGCACAAAUUUUCGACAAUUGCCAUCGACGGCAAGGUUUACGAAACCCAUGACCGGUCAUUUAAUGCAACCUGCUUUGCUAGUCUCAGAGCUACUUUUCGAAAUUAAAAUGGUAUCACGAAGGAAAGACU